AAUAUCAUUUUGCUUACCCAUACAAAAGUCCAUAAUAAUUUUUUUCAGCAUUUCACUACAUACAAAUGUUCAUAGGCACUUUUAUAAUUUUAUCAAGUGAAACCUGGAACUAGCACACAUCUAAAUACUUUUAAUUUCUAUAAUUACGACUUUUGUACUGUAACGACUUGGCGCGGACAAGGACUGCUGGAGGAGACGAAAAUGAUGCAUCAGCAAUCCAUGAUGGUUGGAGAUAUGAUUCCCGUACACUCUGAAAUACCCGUGCAUACUGAGGAAAUGAACAACGUUGUUGGCUACGACAACAGUAACAACUCGUACGCGUACGACGACCUGUUCCCGGCGCUGCCGCACUCGCAGGCGCCGGUGCAGCGCAACAUCCAGCAAGUCACCAACAAGCUGCGCGUCGGCUCCUCGCUCCACACCCAGGUUUUCCACGUGCCAUAUGAGGAGAGAAAGCUGGACAACGCGAACACAUUUGGCGAAGGCGAAUCUCUGCGAACGUGCCAGUCCAUCACGAAGGACACUGGGGCGCAUAUCGAGAUCUCCACCAGCAAGGACGGAAGCUUGACUUUUCUCAUCACGGGGAAGCACAGCGCCGUCCUCGAUGCGAGGAGACUUAUUCUGACGCAUUUCCAGCAACAGGCUAGCAAACAAAUAUCGAUCCCUAAAGAGCAUCACCGCUGGAUUUUGGGCAAACAAGGACAAAAGCUGAAGGAUCUCGAGAAGGUCACCGCGACCAAGAUAAGCGUACCCGGCAUUGCUGAUAACAGCGAGACUGUCACCAUUACUGGCACUAAGGAAGGCAUUGAAAAGGCCGAACAUGAAAUUCGAGUUUGCUCUGAGGAACAGUCGCGCAAGGCGCUGGAGCGCAUCACCGUGCCGAAGAUCUACCACCCGUUCAUCCAGGGCCCGUUCGGCGAGCGCUCGGCGGCGCUGACGGCGGAGACCGGCGCGCGCAUCCACAUCCCGCCCGCCUCCACGCAGAGCGACGAGAUCGUCGUCGCCGGGGAGAAGAACGGCGUCAUGGCUGCCAAGGCCCAGAUCGAACAGAUUUAUGAAGAAAUGGCCAAGAAAUGUUCAACAGUGCGGGUGGAAGUCCCAAAAUCUCAACAUAAAUACGUGAUAGGCGCCCGCGGUACUACGAUUCAAGAAAUAUUGAAGGAAACCGGCGUCUCUGUGGAGAUGCCGCCUCCAGACUCGCCGACAGGCACUAUCACUCUUCAUGGACCUCACAAUAAAAUCGGUUUGGCCUUGUCAAAGGUGUGCGAGAAAGCCAACUCUGUGAAAACUGCAACUGUUGACGCUCCAACAUGGAUACACAAGUAUAUUAUUGGUAAAAAUGGAUCUAAUAUUAAGAAGAUUACACAGGACCUCUCCAAGGUACAUGUUGACAUUACACAUUCCGAAGAUAAAGUUAAAAUUGAUGGACCUCCAGAAGAAGUGGAAAGAGCUCAAGUUGAACUUGAUGAAUUUGUUAAAAAUUUACUCGCUACACUUACAUAUGUAGAACUUACUGUUGAUCCCAAAUUUUUCAAGCAUAUUAUUGGCAAAAGCGGUUCAAAUAUAAACAGACUGAAGGAUGAGACUGGUGUAGUUAUAAAUAUAAUUGAAAAUGAAGGCAAUAAUGUUAUUAGAAUUGAAGGAAGCCACCAAGGCGUGGCCGAGGCUGAGCGAGAACUGAGAGAAAUGGUGAUGAAACUUGAAAAUGAGCGAUCGAAGGAAGUGUUCGUUGAUCACAGAUAUAUCAAGUCGCUGAUAGGAGUGAGGGGCGACAAGAUAAAGGAAAUACGCGAAAAGUUCGAACGUGUACUCAUCACAUUGCCAGACCAGGGACAGAAGAGGAGUCCGAUAAAACUCCGCGGUCCUCAGGAGGACAUCGAGAAGUGUGAGAAAUAUCUCCACAAACUCAUGAAGGAGAUCGCCGAAUCGUCAUACAUUCAGGAAGUGCCGAUAUUCAAACAAUUCCAUAAAUUCAUCAUCGGCAAGGGUGGGGUCAACCUAAGAAAGAUUCGCGACGAGACGCAGACAGUGAUCGACCUGCCGGCGGAGGGAGACGAGAGUGACGUCAUCACAGUGAGGGGCAAGCGCGAGAACGUGGAAGAAGCUGUAAAGAAAAUACAGCAGAUCCACAACGAGAAAGCGAACAUAGUGACGGAAGAAGUCACAAUCGCACCUAAGUAUUACAACUCACUGAUCGGUGCGGGUGGGAAGUUGAUCCACUCCAUAAUGGAAGAGUGUGGAGGAGUGCUCAUCAAGUUCCCCUCGGCUGACAGUGACAGUGACAAGGUGGUGAUCAAGGGGCCGGUGGAGGACGUGGAGAAGGCGCGCCAGCAGCUGCUCGCGCACGCCAGCGAGCGGGAGCUCACGUCGCACACGGCGCACGUGCGCGCCAAGCCCGAGCACCACAAGUUCCUCAUCGGCAAGAGCGGUGCUAAUAUCAAAAAGAUUCGUGAACAGACUGGUGCGAGAAUUAUAUUCCCGACAGAAAAAGACGAGGACAAGGAAGCCAUUUUCAUAAUUGGUCGAUCGGAGCAAGUGGAGGCGGCGCGCAAGCAGUUGGAGGCGGCCGUGGCAGAGAUCAGCAACGUGUCGGAAGGCGAGAUGUCGGUGGAGCCGCGCCACCACCGGUACUUCGUGGCGCGCCGGGGCGAAGUCCUGCGCCGCAUCGCCGACGACUGCGGAGGGGUGCAGAUCUCCUUCCCGCGCCAGGGGGUCACCAGCGACCGCGUCGUGCUCAAGGGGCCCAAGGACUGCAUCGAAGCGGCGAAGGCACGCAUCAUCGAAAUUAUCGAAGACCUCGAAGCGAAGGUGACAAUCGAGUGUGUGAUUCCACAAAGGCACCACCGCACAGUGAUGGGGGCCCGCGGCGCGAAGGUCAAGGACAUCACCGCCGAGUUUGAUGUACAAAUUAAAUUCCCGGAGCGGGAUCUGACGGAGGGGGCUGAUAUUCCUGUGAAAACUGAUGAAAAUGCUGAGCCAGGCCCCAAUGACAUCAUAAGAAUAACUGGCCGCCCCGAAAAUUGUGAGGCCGCUAAAAAAGCUUUGCUUGAUCAAGUUCCAAUUACAAUAGACGUUGAAGUUCCGAACGACUUGCACCGAUCACUUGCUGGCUUAAAGAGAAGGGAGUUGAUGCAGGCCUAUGAUGUUCACAUCUUAAUGCCACCAAAUGAAGAAAACAGUGAUAUUGUGAAGGUAACCGGUACACCAACUAAUGUUGAAAAGGCAAAAGAAGCUCUGGCUGAAAAGAUUGUUGAAAUGGAGAAAGAUAAAGAAGACAGGGUCCUCAGAUCUUUUGAGUUGAAAUUCAAAGUGGACCCAGAAUACCAUCCUCUUGUUAUUGGCAAAGGAGGUUUAGUAAUUAAGAAGAUUCGCACUGACUAUGGAGUACAAAUAAAUCUACCAAAGCGCGGCAAAAGCGACGAUGACAUCAUCACCAUACAGGGUUAUGAAGACAAGGCAUUGCAAGCCAAAGAAGCCAUCAUGGCAAUUGUUCACCAACUUGACAACCAGUAUAGAGAGGAAGUGGACAUCGAUCCCCGCGUCCACAGGAGACUGAUAGGUCUCGGUGGCAAGAAUAUCAAACGCAUCAUGGACGAGUACAAGGUGGACAUCCGCUUCCCCAAGCAAGGCGAUGACAGCAUCGUCAUCAUCAGCGGCGAAGAGGACAAUGUGCUUGACGCAAAGGACCAUCUCUUGAAUUUGGCAGAGGAAUAUAUGCAAGACGUGGCGGAUCGAUAUCAGCGACCGGCGGCUCCGUCCCUCGCGGACUUCGGUGAAGUGCUGAGCGGAGAGAGUGCGAGCAGCGCCGCGCCGUCCACAGGCUUCGUGGUGAAAGGCGGUCCGUGGGAGCAGCGCGCGCCCGACACUGCUUCCACCGACGAGUUCCCUACCAUGCCGGGGGCCCCCCGCGCUGCCCAGCCCGCACCCGCCGCGGCCGCCCCCGCGCCCGCGCCCUCCUCCGCCUGGGGUCCGCGCCGCUAAUACGACCGCGACCCCCCGCCCUCCUCAUCACAGUAACCCAGUAUCUAUGAACUACGUCACUGCUACUCAGGAGUGUCUUUGCAAAUGACUACGUAAAGCUAUUGUAUUUCAUUGGGCCCAACUAAAACAAAUUACGUACGUGAUUGAAAUUGUCAUGUACAAAGUCACUUGUGAAUGAUCCAUAUAUUAGAGUAUAGUUAGAUGGUUUAACUGAAACUAGCGAUUUUUUAAAAAGUAUACAGAACUAAUAUCCAUCAUGGUUAAAUCAAUGCAAUGAAUGAAUUCCUAAUGUUUAGGUAUUUUAUUUUAUCAAAAUUAUACAAAUAAUGAAUUAUAAUAACCAGAAAAUCGUCUCGACUUGUGUUAUCAUGUUAAGUUUUAAGAUUUUGUUAAUUAGUUUCGAUUCUAAUUCAUAAUAAUAAUAAUUAAUUCUCAAUGCACGACCUAUACUAGUAUCGCGCAUUUUCCGAGCAUAUUAAACUGUCUUAAAUAUUUACAAGAGGAAUGAAAUGUUAAAAGUUAUUGACAGCAGCUGUUAUUAUAGUACUUUAUUAGUAUUAUAUUAUUUUUUUAUAGUUUUGAGUCUUAAUGGCUUUCGGAGGGCUUGUGAUUAUAUGCAUUAUACAUAUGUAAGUUUACAUACAUAAUAAAGUCGUUUUGAAUAAGUUCACUCGUUUAGUUAGAAUGUACGCGGCUGUUAUCACGACUUUGUGGAGCUCGUCGUACAUUUAACAUAUUAAUGUUUACUGCGGUAGUGAACAAUAUAUGGAUUUGUUUGUCCGUUCAAAAGUUACAUUAAAUUUUAAUUGUUAUAAAUUAUAAUUACUUUUAAUAGAAACUUUAGUGCCGAAUUACGCCAUAUGAUAUAUUACAUAAUAUUAAUAUAUUUAAUAAACUAUCAUUUUUACUUUUUAGUAAAAACAUCUAAUGUGCUUAGAGUUAUAAUACUUUUGAUACAUUUAUGCAUAAUUAAUAUAAUUAUAAUGAUAAUAUUAUAUAUUAUUUAUCAAAACAUUUUAAAGUAAAUGUGUUAUGGUUAAAAUAUAAUGUUGCCACUGUCUGUUUUGAUUUAAAUCUUUUUUCCUGACAUUUACAUUUGUUGUACAUACAAUAUUAUUGUUUAAGGAAUUUAAUUUUAUUAUAUUCCAUCUUAAUCCUUACAAUUAAAUUGAGGAUUAUUUCAAAUUCGCAUACUCUAUACUACUAUAAUACUACUAUUGUUAUUUAUUUUAAACUGAAACUUGACUUUAUUUUUACCAGUUUACUCUAAAAACAAAAUUUCUAAAGACAUAAUAUUCUAAUCUAUUUCGAAUUUUAAACAUAACAAUUUCUUUAAAAUGUUACAUUGUACUUAUACAUAUUAUUGGUUUAAAUUUAAAUGAAAUAAUUUUUCAUAUUUUUUUUAUUUUUUUUAAGUGUUGCCUAUAACAGUAAAUAAAUCAUAAUUAUUAAGACGAGAAUGAAUAUUUUUACAAAGUAAUUUGUACAUAGUGAAUUGUGUUUGAAAUAUUAAUAAAAUCUUUUACAAGA